CAUCAACUCACCGAGGCACGGACUCGUCCGCUACCCAUCAGCACACAAAUCUGCGCACAGCAACGCAAAGCCCUCCUCGAGGGAGCGCAGCGCGCUGAUGUCAUGCUCAAUGUUGGCUUCGGACCACCAUCCGAACGAGCAGCCGACCGACCGAAUGACCUCACGCACGGCAAGGACGAUCACCGUGCAUGCCACGGUCAUCUCGAAUACUGUGACGAGGUGAGAGUGUGCGUCAG